AUGACGACUACCGAGGCCACCAAAACAGUAAUCCCACAUAGUCUUGCUGGGCACAUACAAGAAAAGAUAGAGCCACUGGUGGUGCCAGCUAUUCUUGAACAUGAAGAAAUAAGUGGUUUGACAAGUCAGAUAGCUAGUGGAAAGAGAGGAAGAGCUGUGUUGUCAUCAUGGGAUUCUGAGCCAUUUUUGGGUGUACAGAAGUCAUUGGAUGCACUCUUGCAGGAACUAAAUUAUAUCUAUAAAGUUAUGGGGAACCAUGGCGUUGACCCAGAACUUACUGUCCAGAUAUUUCAGCAGGUAUUCUACUUCGUCUGUGCCAUUUCAAUGAAUAAUCUACUGCUCCGAAAGGAUUUGUGUCAUUGGAGUAAAGGAAUGCAGAUAAGAUAUAAUCUAUCACAUCUUGAACAGUGGUGUCGUGACAUGAGACUACAGUAUACUGAUGUGCCAACCACAUUACAGCCCAUAAUUCAGGCUGCCCACUUGCUACAGGCUCGUAAGCUGGAUGAAGAUGUUCAGCAUGUAUGCAAUAUGUGUGAUAAACUUUCAAUGUUGCAGAUAAUCAAAAUACUCAAUCUGUAUACAACCAUUGAUGAAUCUGAAGAAUGUGUUCCUGUCAGCUUUAUUUGUAGAAUACAGGCCAAGCUCCUGGAAAGAAGUGAACCUCAGAAACAGGCCACAUUGCUGAUGGACACAAAAUUCAUGUUCCCAGUAAGAUUUCCUUUCAAUCCAUCAAAAAUCAAGCUUGAAGAUAUAGAAGUACCAGAGUUGUUGAACCUACCAAUGCUAAAGAAAGUUUAA